CGAAUACAUCACGCGUUAGCAAACACUAUAUCUCGUGAUUUCACGUCUUUGUUGUGUUUCCACCCAAGGAACUUUCUGCAGCGAUGCUCGCCUCUGGCUUGCGAGGGCGCAGCGCCGUGCCCCAACAUGCACGAUGCCAUAGAGCGCCGGUGGUUGGCCGCAUCAUAGGCGGUCGGCGAUUCAGCGUGCUAGUGAAAGCAUCUACCGAGGAGAACCAGGAGCAGCGCAUCAAACGGACGCUGGAAGGACUCGACGCUCUCCUGGGCAUUGAUCCCAAUGACCCAAAGGCUGGCACGGGCUCGUCGGCGUCGACCAAGUCCGCAACCGCCGUGGCAGAGUCUGUAUCCUCGGACGCGGCGCGCGCAGCGUCGUCCACGCCCGCCUCCACCUCCGGCGUCAGCACCAGCAACGGUAACGGCGCUUCCAGCAGCAACGGCGCCUCCGAGGACCAGUUCCAGAAGAUCGUGGAGAAGGCGCGCCAGCUGGCGGACGCGCAGCGCAGCGGCAAGUCGGGCAACGUGGAGGCACAACAGCAGCAGCUGCGGCAGGAGUUUGAGACGCUGCUCACGGCCAUGAGCAAGGGCAACGACAUGCUGGACAAGGAGGACAUGAAGCGCCUCAAGGAGGCGGCAUUCGGGCCACAGACCUUCUGGGUGACGGAGACCAUCCCGCUGCAGGAGUUCGACAAGCAGGGGCUGCUCAUCCGCGGCAACCUGCGCGACCAGCGCGAGAAGGUGUUCAAGCACGUGUGCGACAAGGUCGCGGAGCUGUUCGGGGCGGACAAGUUCGAGGUGAUCAUGAUUGAGGACGACCAGCCCGUCAACGGCGAGCCGCCCGCGCCGCUGACCGGCAAGGCCGCCACCUUCGGACCGCGCGUGGCUUUCCAGAUCGUGCCCACGGCGCAGGCGCAGCCGCCGCAGACCAACGGCUGGCGCCAGGGUGCGGCGCUGGUGCUGUUCCUGCUGUUCGCGGCGUCCAGCCUGCAGCUGUCGCUGGUGGCCAACAUCACCAAGCUGCCCAAAGAGACGCUGGAGUUCUUCGCCAACGCCGACAACUUCAACUCGGACGCGCUGCCGCCCGGCCUGGAGAACUGGGACCCCACCUCCUACUUCAUCACCGUCGUGCCCAUCUUCAUCUCCGUACUGGGCAUCAGCUUCUCCCACGAGAUCGGCCACCGCAUCGCCGCCGCCGUGCGCGGCGUCAAGCUGGGCCCCACCUACUUCGUGCCCAACCUGCAGCUGGGCAGCUUCGGCGCGAUCACGCCCUUCACCAACCUGCUGAGCGGACGCGGCGCGCUGUGGGACGUGGCAGCGGCGGGGCCGCUGGCGGGCGGCUUGGCGGCGGCCGCGGUGCUGUUCCUGGGACUGCUGCAGAGCAGCCCCGGCCUGCUGCCCAAGGAGCUGCUGGUGCCGGUGCCGACGGCGCUGUUCCAGUCCAGCCUGCUGAUGGGCACGAUGGUCAAGGCAGUGCUGGGAGACCAGCUGACCGCGGGCACCGACGAGGUGCUGAUCAGCCCCCUGGUGAUUGCGGGCUGGUGCGGCCUGGUCACCACGGCGCUCAACACGCUGCCCAUCGGCUCGCUAGACGGCGGCCGCAUGAUGCAGGCCGCGUACGGACGCCAGACUCUGGCGCUGUCCUCCUUCUUCUCCUACGUGGGUCUGGGCCUGGGCCUGCUGGGCUCCAGCCUCAGCCUGCCGUUCGGGCUGUACGUCAUUAUCUGCCAGCGUACCGCCGAGAAGUACAUCAAGGACAACGUGUCACCGGUCAGCGACGCCAAGCGCACGGCCACGCUGGUGGCUGUGUUGACGGCCAUCCUCAUCCUGGUGCCCAUGGCGCCUGAGGUGGCCCAGAGCAUCGGCGUGGGACGCGUCGACAACUUCUUCUAAACGCCUUCACAGCGUCCAAGCAGGAGUGAGCGAAACUGUGUAAGCGUGACAAAAGAGCAGGUGCCGGUACCGGGGUUCACGGCAGCCAGUACGGGAAGUGCCCGGGUGGGCCAUGGUACGAGCUGGUGUGCGUGCUCGCUUCACGCCUUUUUUUGGGGGGGGGGGUACGGGCGCUCCCCGGAUUAUACAAGGAGCAAUGGGAUGGCAGGGUAUACGCCCUGGCCACAACAGGGCAACGGCAACCCCAACCAGUGCCACGCGCCCUUGCAUUUUGCGAUGCGGCAGCACCGCGCAGGCUAUAAUCGGAAGUUAUCGCAGCUGGCUACGCAAGGAAAUGCGGUUGCCUUUGCAGUUAUUAUGGUGGUAUCUAUGUGUUCGGGAGCGGGUAAAGGGGCCCAUGUAUGGACAUUGCCCCAACGGAUCGAUGCCUGGAGUACCGUAGCAAGUUGGAAUAAUGAUGGUGACACUUGGCCUCAGCACCAGGUUUGACUAGUACAUGCAAGCCCCUAGAGCAGUUAACGUGGGACAAGUUCCAGUCGGAUUGGUGGUGAGCAGGCUGUGAGUUGCAAGACGGGGUGACGAAAGUGUGAGGUUACAGGGCAGCCAGGUUCGGUGCAAUGAGAUGGAGGUUGCAGUAGGCUACUAAGUGUUACUGGGCUUCAUAUCCUGCUUCACGCAUGCGGGCCGGUGAUGGUGCCGCCGCGAGAGAACGGUAUUCCACCCCUUCCUGUAAGAGAGGUACGAU